GAACGCGAGUCGCGGGCGCCCAGGGCUGCCCGCCCUUUCCGGUUCCUCCCUGGACGGCGCGUUGGGCGCGUGAGCCGGGGCGCUGACGGCCUGGGAGGGAGGACUAUGAAGCUUCCGAACAUCCUGCUCACCGGUACACCAGGGGUUGGAAAAACCACACUAGGCAAAGAACUUGCAUCAAGAUCAGGACUGAAGUACGUUAAUGUGGGUGAUUUAGCUCAAGAAGGGCAGUUAUAUGAUGGCUAUGAUGAAGAAUACGGUUGUCCCAUUUUAGAUGAAGACAGAGUCGUUGAUGAGUUAGAGAAUGAGAUGAGAGAAGGUGGUGUUAUUGUUGAUUACCAUGGUUGUGAUUUCUUUCCUGAACGCUGGUUUCAUAUAGUUUUUGUGUUGAGAACAGAUAAUAGUAUACUGUACAAAAGACUGGAAACAAGGGGUUAUAAUGAGAAGAAACUACAAGACAACAUUCAGUGUGAGAUUUUCCAAGUUCUUUAUGAAGAAGCCAGAGCAUCUUACAGAGAAGAAAUUGUGCAUCAGCUGCCCAGUAAUGAACCAGAACAGCUAGAAGAUAACAUCAACCAAAUCUCAAAAUGGAUUGAGCAAUGGGUCAAAGAUCAUAACUCUUGAUUUAGAGACUGGCUAGCUAGGCAUGGUGGUGCACACCUUUAAUCCAAGCCCUUGGGAGGCAGAGGCUGGUCUACAUAGUGAGUUCUAGACCAGCCAGGGCUUUGUAGUAAGAUACUGUCUCAAUGGGGGGCAGGGUGGGGGAGUAACAGAAAUGCCCAAGGAUCAGCAGAAGAAAACUAUGUUGCAGCUCUAGCUGCUGCCUGGAUUUCUUUUUCUCCAUGAGAAAGCUUAAACAAUCUCAGAUACUAAUAUAAAUUAUUAAGGAUUGAACCUAAAAAUUGUCAUCAAAUUCAGUAGAUAAUAAAUCUGAUCAAUGGGUACA